AUGUUGUACGCUGAGCGAGAUGACUUUAAAGAUUUAAUUCCAAUUCCCCAAGAUGAAGGCCCUUCUCCAUUGGCUCCGAUUAACUAUUCCCAGAAGUGUAACCCUCAUAGAGAUGCGAUGGAUAUGUUUCGAGCGGUUGUCGACAUCAACGAGAAGUCUGAGAGAGCCCUCGGCCUGACGGAAGAUAUCAUUCGCAUGAACGCUGGCCACUACACAGUCUGGCAUUACAGGACAACUAUCUUAGUAGAAUUAGGCUUGGAUCUUCAAUCUGAGCUCAAGUUGAUGGACGAGCUGUCUACAGAGUUCCUCAAAUCAUACCAAGUCUGGCACCACAGGAGGCUCUGUGUUGGUUUGCUCGCAACUACCACCUCCCCAUUCGCCGACAAAAACUGUCCAGCUGCAGUUACAAUCUCAUCCACCCCACAAACCUCCUCACCACCCCCACCCUUACCGUCUUCUAUCGAUCUGGCUAGAUAUGAGCUACAAUUUAUUGCUAACCUAUUUCACGCUACCGAAGAUCCCAAAAAUUAUCAUACAUGGGUUUACAGGCAGUGGAUAUUGACGUACUUUGAUAAGCUAUUUCAAGACCAAGAUCGUCAUCAUGAAUUGGAAUUCAUUGAGUCACUCAUAAACGACGACAUCUACAACAACUCAGUCUGGUCGCAUCGUUUCUUCUGUCUCUUCAAGCUGGGUUGGUUGCACACCUCACUAGAAGCUGAAAUCGAGUAUGUUUUGAUCAAGAUCGGUAUAGCGCCAAGCAACAUGUCGAGCUGGAAUUAUCUCCGCGGCAUUCUCAAGGUGAACAGAAAAGGGUUGAACCAACAACGUGUAUUGCAAUUCUCGGAAACGCUCGUCAAAGCGAAAAGCGCGUCGGACGACAUGAAUCCUCCAUUACCUGCUUUAGAGUGGCUGGCAGAUGCUGCACUGGAAGACAAAAACCCUAUUGCCACAAAACACUACCUAACCUUGAAAGAUUUGGACCCCAUUCGCAGACACUACUGGACUUGGAAAUCCCAUCUAGCUUUGUCUGCCUAG